AUGGCCCACGAGCCAGAAAUCCACGGCGAUCCGCCCAGCAAGUAUCUUUGCCUGACCAUUUGCGGGUAUCGGAAGCCGGGAAUGAGCGAGGAGGACUAUCGCCAUCAUAUGACCAAAAUCUCGGCCCCCAUGACAAAAGACCUUAUGGUCAAAUACGGCAUUAAGCGGUGGACAAUGAUUCAUAACCCCACCACCACGCGUGCCUUGAUGGCCGAGCUUUACGAUUCCCAAAUGGUCAAUCUGGCGGACUUUGACUGCUUUAGCCAAGUCGUGUUCGAGAGCGUCGCAGACUAUAAGCGGAUGAAAGAAGACCCGUACUAUAAGGAGCAUUUGUUCGAAGACCACAAGAACUUUGCCGACACAAAGAGAAGCAUGAUGACGAUAGGAUGGAUUGAGGAAUUUGUUCGAGACGGUGUGGCUGUUGACUGA